AUGGACCUGGACUGCAACGGAGAGCUCGACGCCGCGGAGUUCGCCGCCUGCAUGUCGAGGCCCGAGUUCGACCGCUUCCUCCAGGCCCGGGGCCUCGACAUCAAGGAGACCAAGGUCUUCUUCAAGAUGGUCGCUCACAACAAGGGGUGA